AUGUCAUUCCUCACGCGCGUUACUCCCUUGACCUCUCAACUCGCUAGUUCCGUUGCAAGGACGACAGCGCCCGCCUUUAGUGUACCCGCCUUCCGGUCCAUCUCCUCCACAACCAAAAAAGACAAGGGUGUCGCCGACGCAACAAAGGAUACUCUCAAGAAGGCGGAUAAGACUGCGUCAGAUGCAGCUCUCAAGGGUAUUGAGACGGGCCAACAUGUAAAAGAGAGCCUCAAGGGCACUUUCGGCAGCACAAAGGGAGAAGCCGAGGCAAAGUCAGGAGAGUUGAAGGAUCAGGCGUCCAAAUAUGCUCAGGAGGGCAAGGCCCAAGCUGAAGCAAAAUCGGGCGAGGUAAAGGAUGAGGCAUCCAAGUAUGCUCAAGAGGGCAAAUCCAAGGCUGGGGAGGCCGCCAAUGAUGCCAAGCAAAAGGUUCAUGAGGCUACCCGUUAA